GUUUAUGACACGGAUUGGACCAGAGCUGUUCCUCUAGGUGGGAGCCACAAGAAAAGGGAACCUGGUAAGAUCCACACAUGAGAGUGAUCAUAGGAGGAGGAGCUUGAGUGUAUUUCUCUGCCUCUCUUCACCUUGAGCUCACAGACAACAGGAUGGGAGGACUGGAGAGCCCCAAGUCCUGACAAGUCACUCCCUUGAAGACCCUGACGUAUGGGACCAUCAACAAGGACCAUCUCUCUGGAAUCAGGGCUUGCAGCAGAGCCAGUCUCCAGGCAACCUAACAAGCGCAGCUGGCCUGUACCAGCUGCCUAAUUGGCGGGAAGGGUCAGCAGACGGGCUUUUAAGUCCACCAGUAGCAGUUCAGUAGCUGCUCAAAGCUUUUGCCACAGCUAUGAUAGCUCCGGCCUUGGUCCAGCCCUGCUCCUGCCUUCCCUCUCUCCAGGUAAUCUGGUUCUGACCCUCGGCUCCGACCCCAAUUCUGAUCCUGGGUUCUGACUCCUGGCUCCUGCCCCUAGCUCUGACCCUUGCCACUGGCAUUUGGCUCCUGGCUCUGACCUACGGCUCCGGUUCUUGGCUGCCGGGUCCUGCUGUGACCACUAGACCUGACUGCCCACAUCCUGCUCUCUGACACCGUCAAGCAUGGGUAGUCAUUAGCUGCCUCUUUCGUCUUCUUCCUGUGUUAACCCUGUUCCUAUGGCACCAUCUGGAACAGGACUGAUGUUCUGUCUGCAUCUCCAAGACGACAGCUGCAGACAAGAGCUAUAAUUACACCUGUGACUUGGACAACACCAGCUCACGCAUAAGUGUGAUCUGGAUAAAGAUCUGUUCUUUUGUUUGUUUUUUGUUAAGAAGAGCUACGUCUCAGAAAAUGACUUAAGCAUUACAACUGCACCACCUUAGAAGACUACUUACAGCAGACAUGAGUCGACUUGGCUUUCUGUCUAAGUUCUUGAAGAUAAGGAGGUUGCAAAGCUCAGAAUCCUCAGAACUUGACCUGCCCUGACAGCGCCUGAGCCACCAUGGGACCCCGAGGUGACGUGUAUCCAUUGGGGCUCUGCAUCGCCCUGUGCCUCUGGGGCACCGUGGCCCAGAAUAAUGGCGUACAAGGUACCACUGAGGACUGCAACAACCAUAUGCUCUGCCCACAAAACGCCAAGUGUGUGAACAACACCCACUGCACCUGCCUGGAUGGGUACCGGUCAGGAAAGAAUCGCUUCUUCACCGACACAACGGAGCCCUGUGACGAUAUUAACGAGUGUAUGGAGCCAAGCCCGGCAGACUGUGGAGUCAACGCAAACUGCAACAACACGGCUGGGUCUUACUUCUGCACCUGCCUCGAUGGCUACGAGCCCAGCUCUGGGAAAACCAUAUUCAUGAACGCGAGUGAGAGCACCUGCCAGGAUAUUGACGAGUGUCGGGGCCCGAGCCCGGCAGACUGCGGACCCCAUGCAAACUGCACCAACUUGCCUGGGAAUUACUCCUGCACCUGCAUCCAUGGCUACGAGACCAGCUCUGGGAAAGCCAAGUUCACACACGCGAGUGGGGACACCUGCCAGGACAUUGACGAGUGCCAGCGAAACGCCACAGUCUGUGAGCCCCACGGGAACUGCAUCAACAUGCCAGGGAGUUACAGGUGUAAAUGCAGUUGGGGAUUUGGGAAGAGUCAAAGGGAUUCGUCUAAGAUCUGCACAGACAUCGACGAGUGCCGCAAGACCCCAGAUAUCUGCGGCCCCAGGGCUACGUGUAUCAACACUAAAGGGAGCUACCGGUGUGAGUGCCGGGCCGGCUACGUCCCCUCCAACAGAAACACGACCCUGUGCCAAGAACUCCAAGUCCCCAGCAUGAACUCCAGUGCUGAGUUGGAGGGAAUCAAAGAGACAUGCAGGAAUUUCUCUCUGCAGGUAAAGCAGAGCAGCGGAAACAGCAGUUUUUGCAAUUUCUUUAAUUCGACCUUAGAGAUUCUGAUGUCCACGUGUGGAGACGGGAGUGCGACGUUAUCACUGGAGGACACGACUCGCUCUUUCAACUCCCUCCUGAACAGCAUCUCCCUCUGGGAGGGCAGAGACAAGCAGGAAGUGGAGUCGGCCGUGACGGUCCUGCUGCAGAGCGUGGAACUGGCCGCACUGGCCACUGCGCUCCAGUCCCCGGAGAGGACAACACAGAACGUGACGACAGAGUCUCUGGCUAUCCAGACGCGGCUCGUCACUGGGAACUGCAGCCGGGACAGCGAGGUCUUCACGCUGAGCGCUCACAACGACACGAUGGAAGUGCACUGUGAUACAGUCACCGGGGCAGCCACACAAGCAGGUUUGGGGGCUGCUGCUUUUAUUUCCUACUCCACCCUGGACUCCAACAUCAGUGCGAGACAUCUCAGUGAGGGAAAUCUACCGGCUGAUGGGAAGCUGGAGAAGUGUCAUCUCAACUCCAGGGUGGUGAGUGGGGCUGUCGGAGACGGGAGACCCAUUAACCUCUCCAGAUCCGCAAACUUCACCCUGUGCCACAGACAGGCCAUAAAACAGGAGGAAGAGGCUCUCUGUGUCUACUGGAAAGUAGUGGCCGAGAGCGGCAGCUGGUCUCUGGACGGCUGCACCGCCGUGCACACGAACAGCACUCACACCACCUGCCGCUGUGACCAUCUCUCCAGCUUCGCCAUCCUAAUGGCUCCCACCACAGUGACGGAGAGUGAGCCACUGACCAUUGUCACCUACGUGGGACUGGCCCUCUCUCUGCUGUGCCUCUUCCUCGCCAUCCUCACCUUCCUCGUGUGCCGCUCCAUCCGCAACGUCAGCACCUCCCUCCACCUGCAGCUCUGCCUCUGCCUCUUCCUGGCCGACCUGCUCUUCCUUAUCGCGCUGACCCGCACCGGCAGUCGGGUGCAGCCUGAUUCCUCCACUCGCUGCAGGGCUGGGGUGGCGUGUGCUGUCAUAGCUGGCUUCCUACACUACCUCUUCCUGGCCUGCUUCACCUGGAUGUUCCUGGAGGGGCUGCACCUCUUCCUCACCGUCAGGAACCUGCAGGUCGUGAAUUACACCAGCGCCAGCCGGUUCAAGAAGAGAUUCACGUACCCGUUCGGCUACGGAUUCCCAGCCCUGGUGGUGGCUAUUUCUGCAGCGGUGAAUCCUGGAGGCUACGGAACUUCCAAAUACUGCUGGCUCAGCCAGGACAGAGGCUUUCAUUGGAGCUUCCUGGGUCCAGUCUGUGCCAUAAUCCUGAUAAAUAUAACGUUCUUUGCCCUUACCCUGUGGAUCCUGAGAAACAGACUCUCCUCCCUCAAUGCAGAUGUGUCCACCCUCAGAGACCACAGGUUACUGACCUUUAAAGCCAUUGCCCAGCUCUUCAUCCUGGGCUGCACAUGGAGCCUUGGUCUCCUCCAAGUAGGACCAGCAGGCACGGUCAUGGCGUAUUUAUUCACCAUCGUCAGCAGCCUGCAGGGACCCUUCAUCUUCCUGGUGCACUGCCUCCUCAAUCGGCAGGUGAGAGAGGAGUACAGGAGAUGGAUCAAGGGAUUCCGAACGUCCAGCACGAAAUCUCAGACAUCCGAUCUAUCCAUGUCUGCUGUCCCCACCACCAGCACCAAGACGGAGUAACCCUUCUGCCAGGUGGAGGCGGCAACAACCAGGGCCGGGUUCAAUACCUAGCAGUUCCAAUACAAAACAGAACCAGCCGGAGCCCCCUGUGAUGUUGCACUCCCUACGCUUUAUGGAAAUAUGCUUCUGAAUAUGACAUAACUGGAAUACGCUUUACGCUAAAUACCCCUUGUAGGGUGUCUUUAGAAAGCUUGUAAUCUACUAAGUGUGUUCAUCCUA